GGGGCAGCAACCGCUCCUGAUGCUGAAAAGUAAACACACACACACACACACACACACACGUACUCCCUCUCUGUCCUGUGGGGAGGAGGGGGAGGACGGUCUGAGCAGCAGUAAGAGUGGAGGUGGGUGGGGAGGGGGUCUCCUGCCCGAUCCUUUGUCAUGGGAAGACUUUACUCUGCAGUUUAUACAGAGGGAGCGGACCUGAGCUUCACAGACGACAGACACAUGCCAGAAACCUCCGGCAACAACUAUGUGACUGGGACAGAAAACAAAAGGGAACAAAGCACAUAGGGCCCAGCUGAAUUCUGCAUCGUCACACUGAAUCAGAGAAGGAGGUCAGUGUGAUGAACAGCAUGCUUCCUCAGAGGAGUGCGGUCUCCAUGCUGGGCUACGGCUCGGACUGUGUGAAGAUUGAGCACAGUGGCAGUGGCUCAGUGGGUGGGACGUUGCUGAGAGGCUCCCGCUCGAAGGCAGAGCUACAGGAACUGAUGGAGACGCUGCAGCGCAGGAAGAGCGCUCUGGAGGCCAGUCUGAGGGCAGCUGAGUGCAGCCGCAAGUACCUCAGCGUGCCCUCACCUGUUGGACCCCAAUCCACCAGGACCCUGUCCAUUCUUAGCAAUACAGAUCGCCCUCCGUCUAGAAACUUCACCUACGUGACCAGCAGCAGCGUGCCUCCAUCACCUCGCCAGGGUGAACGCCAGCUGAGCCCUAAUGGUCUUCUCCGUCAUUCCCACUCUCGCCACCAGUCGCAAGACAGUCUGCUCUUCUCUAACGCGGCAGACGGAAGCUCUCUGCUCUCCUCUUAUGGGGAACCCCUACCUCGUUCUCCCAGGGUCAAAAGCGGAGCUGCCAGUGUGCCGUCCAGUCCUCGCAUGGGCCGCAGACUGUACUCUCAGGGCAAAGCUGGAGGAGACUCCCGGCAAAGGAAAUACUCCACCGGCUCCCUCAACAGCCUGGGGAUGCACAGCCGUUCUCUUCCGCGGCUUCACAACACAGCAGACCCCCCGGCUCUUUCGCUCCCGUCCCGUCACUCGGUGGGUUCCCACAGAGGAGUGGGCUCAGCGGGGGCGCGUCGCAGCCUGUCCUCCCUGGAGCAGCCGCCAGAUGUGACGGUACCAGCCAGCAUGCCCAGCACUCCCAGGAGGGCCAGCCUGGCCUCUCUAAGCUCUCUGGGUAUAGAGAUCGAUGGGACGGGCUUAGAUCUGGGCUUCGGAGAGAGGAGGUUAUCCUUUGGGAAGGGCGGGUUGAGUCCAGGACAGAGGGUGGGCAGCAUCAGCUCUUUGAAUGGCAAAGAAGAGCUGAGAGAUUACCACCAGCACCAGAGAGAUGAGCGACUCAGGGAGCAGAAAGUGCAGAGAUUGGAAUGCCAGCGUCUAGAAACCAUCUUGAACCUGUGCACUGAGAUGGGCCAGGUGGAGAGAGAGCCGGCGGGUUCGUCUGUUUCUGAUCUGCAGAAGAUCAAUAAGGAGCUGGAGAAGCUGCAGGUGUCGGAUGAUGAGUCGGUGUUCUCGGACUCUCCCAGCAGCACUGCUCCAGAGGGCUGCUUUGGGGCCAAAGCCAGAGACUUUCAGCUGUCCGAUGAGCAGCAGGUUAGCCAGCGUCAGCAGAGCGGCUACAGAGAGGCCAGGUCCCACUCUCCAGCUAUCAGCCUGAACAGCAGUGCACCCUCACCCUCCACCCACCACAGAGCCAAAGCCCUGGAGAGCGUGCAGCUAAAACAAGUAACACAUAUAGAAGAAGAGAGGAUCCAAGUGCUGAACAACAUAGAGGAGCUGGAGCAGAAGAUCAAAGACCUGGACAACCAGAUGGAGGAGUCUGUCCGAGAGAUGGAGGUGGAGUGUGCUCUGCUGGAAGGGGAACAGGAGUCAGAGAUGGGCCAGCUGCAGAAGGAAAAGGAACUUCUGGACCAACUCAAGGAAAAGAUGCAUAGUAUUGAAAAGACGAGUCACACUGAGAAGUCACAGGAAGCUAAGGAGCAGACAAAAAGUUUGGAGGACUUGGAGUUUCAGAAGCUGGAGAGAGAAAUUAAUCAGGAUGAGGAAAAAGAGAACCAAAGCCAAGAACUGCUGCGAGAGAUCGCUGAGUGUCAGCGUCUUACUGUCACACGCAAGGAAAGGCUCAUGACGCUGAAGAAACAGUCUUCACAGAUUACUUUACAGGCUCAGCAAGAAAGAGAGAAUUUCCAGAGAGAGAAAAACAAUUUGCUUGUCAUGCUGCAGAAGGAGAGAGAGAAACUGGUGUCUUUGGAAGGAAAAUUGUCUGAGUUGUCUGAGGGACAGAACUUCACUAAUGUCCCUGUAGCCAUCAAAGAGCACUUACACUCUCUGAAGGAAAGGAGAAGAAGCAGCAAAGAAAGUACUUCCCACCCAAGUGACAGCCUACCUCAUAAGAGGAGCCAGCAGCUCCCCACCUCUUACGGCAGAUCCCUGGGACGGACGCUUCCUCCCAAGGCUCACCUUCCUCUGUCUCAAAGCUCCAGCUGUGGCAGCGUCAUCCCACAAGGCUUCAGCUUCUCCACCCGGGACCUGAACACCCGCCGCCUGCCCAAGACAGGCAACAGCCAUGCACAUAUGAAUGAAGACAGACAGAGAAGAAGUGAUUUUUGCAGCAGGAUGGUGUCUGAGCCGAACGUGUUCCUGGACUCCUUCUCUUACCCGGACAACAGCCAGGCCUCAGAUACUGUCAGCGUGGACAGCUCUGACAGCCUGGAGACCAGCUUCUCAGCCUGCUCCCCAGACAACAUCUCCAGUGCUAGCACCUCCAAUAUGUUGAAGAUUGAGGAGAUGGAGCGUUUACUCCGAGAGGCACAGGCUGAGAAGCAAAGACUCCUCGAGCAUCGGGAGCGUGAGAUGGAGAUGCGCAGACAGGCUCUGGAGGAGGAGCGACGAAGAAGAGAGGAACUAGAGAAACGACUGCAGGAGGAGACAAGCAGGAGACAGAAACUUGUGGAGAGAGAGGUGAAGCUCAGGGAGAAACAAAGAUCACAGUCCCGGCUGUUGACACGCUACCUCCCUGUAAGGAAAGACGACUUUGAUCUCCACGGCCACAUUGAGGCAGCGGGACACAACCCAGAUGCCUGCUUCCAUCUGGCCAUCACUGAUAAAACCUGUCGAGGCUUCCUGGUCAAAAUGGGCGGCAAGAUAAAGACCUGGAAGAAACGCUGGUUUGUCUUUGACCAGAAUCGCAGGACGCUCACCUACUAUGCAGACAAACAUGAAACCAAGAUGAAAGGAGUCAUUUACUUCCAAGCCAUAGAAGAGGUGUACUAUGACCAUUUAAAGAACGCACACAAGAGCCCCAACCCCUCGCUGACCUUCAGUGUGAAGACCCACGAUCGGGUGUACUACAUGGUGGCUCCGACCCCUGAGGCCAUGCGUAUCUGGAUGGAUGUUAUUGUUACGGGUGCAGAAGGACACAUGCAUUUCAUGGUGUAACCGAUCCCAACAGAUCAGGACACACACACUUAAAUUUCCUCGGUAAACGUUGUGUCACACGAGAAGAUUUAUUGCUCAUAUCAACGUAGGUGCAAAUAUGUUGUGUAGAGCUGGGACGUACGUUCAUCAGGUCAACAAAAAAUGAACUUGUUUACACUUGUAGUAUUUGUAGCCUACAAGGACAACUAAUGCUAACAAGCACACUUUAUAAUCUAAUCAUGUGUAACAAAUGAGAAGAAUUGAUAUAUGGGUUUCAUAAUUAAGCUAUGUAGUUAUUUUUUUAUUUGUUUAUAUACCGCGAGUGGCUGAAGCAUCACUAAAUCUUGCAAUAAUUCGGCUGUUACACUUUCCAGCUUUCUCUUUCUUGAUAGAAAAUCUCUGCUUGUCUCCAACUGCCCGGUUAUGUUUAGUUUUUAUUUAGUCAAAACUUUAUCAGGGAAACUGAUCGGAAACUCAGCGCCCGCUGCACUUCCUGCUACGCUUCCAAACUGCGGUACACACUGAUGUUGCUUCUCUAUAACAGAUGCAUGUCUUUCAAACAGCUUUCUACAAACUUCAGCCUUCUGUAAUUUACUUAUCCUAUAUUUAGUUUAUGUUGUUGGUCCACCUCUGUUUCUUUGCCUUCCUUAACUCUCUUCUCUCUAUUUCCUGUUUGACUCCACCUUCUCAGUAUAAGUCAGACUGAAAUGUAUUCCCUUUGAACAUUAAUGGGUCUGUAUCAGUGCGUUACAACUUCCUGGUGAUCUUUUCCUAGAUAAGAUCCCCUCCUCUGUAUUUGUGGUUGCAAGAAUGCACAUUUUUAUGUUAACUCAGAUUUGUUAUUUUUUGUAUUGUCACUAAUAUUCAAAUGUAAUUAGUGUGAGUAUUAUUUCACAUUUUUAACUCAAGCAUUUUGAUCGCUGCUGAAAGACUGCCAGUAUAAGCUGGUCUUGUCUGCUAAUUCAAAGCAGGGCUGAAUGUCCACCAUUAGUAUUCCUUCCAAAUACAUAAAUCUCUCUUUGCGUCACUUUCAUUCCAGUGAGCCUUAAUCUGUGCUUUUCUUCGCAUAUGCAAACUUAAUCCCUGAAGGAGAGAUUGUUAUAGGCACUUUUUUUAAACAUUUUGUUAUUACUUAAUUGUAAUUGAUUCUACUCAUUAAAGUAGAACAUUUUCCCAAAUUACAGUGGGACUGUGUUUCACACCUACCAACGUGCAGCUAGCUCCCUCUAUCUAUUAGCAGAGGCUGCUGGCCUGAUAGGGUGAGGCCACGUUGUGCAGAUGUGAUGCUGAACGUACUGCAUCACCAUGUUCCUUACUCUAAAACAUUUCAUUAUGUUUUUUCACCAGCAGAGGUCCUCAGUGCAGAGUGAUUGCACUAGAAUGACGUAAUGCUCUGGCUGGUUGGUCCAUACCCACUUAGAUAAAUGAGCACAUACUGAAAGAACAGAUCCUCAAUGAUCCGUGUUUUCUCAUGCUCAUAUAUCAUCAACAUGUGCUUUUAUAAGCACAUUUGUGUCAAGCUUAAGAUUUGCUUUUUGAAAGCAAAACAAAUCAUCAUAUGUAGGAUCACAAAAUUAUUUUUAUAAUUUAGUUUUAAAUUGUUUUAUAAAAUAUAAAUAUAUAUAUAUAUAUGAUCUGUAUAUUCAUUGACUAAUUGCCUGUAUUUGACUGUGUUUGAUAAUGAGAGAUCACUUUAACACCGAGUGACAGUGGCCAGCUGUUGGCUCACAGACUUCAGGGCUCGCUGAUGUUUGCUGGUUCAGUGUUGAUUAACUCUGUCCUGCAGAGUGUGGGCAGUGUUGACAGUGUUGCUGACAGUGUUGCAGAUAAGUUGUUGCCUUUGAUGGAUGCUUCUCAGUGAACAGAUGUAUCUGUCAGGUAAACAUCUCAUCCUCAAACUGUCAUCCACUGUAUGAGACUCAAGCCUUUAAACCAAAAAAUGUUUCCACAUAUAUAUAUAUAUAUAUAUAUAUAUGAGUACAUUUAAUAUUUUAUAUUUUGUAUAUGAACAAUAAUGAUUUUAGUUGACACUAUGCUACAGGUUUUUAUAAUCGACGUGUGUCAUUAAUAAAUAAUUUGGAUGAUGAAUCAGA